UCUUUUGCAGUGAAACAUCAACUUUUCAUUGCUCGUGACGUAAUAUUCCUAUGUCCUAAAUGUGUUCGAUUAAGUGCUAUAUCUGAUUUAAAAAUGUAUAAUAAAUUGAGAAAGAUGUGUGGCGCCCCCUAUAGCUAUUUCCAGCGUCGAAGAGUCAAGAAAGCUGCGACAAUGUUAUUGAAUGAAGAGGAGCAAAUGUCAGAAGAAAGUCGACAACAUUAUGAGGCUUUUGUAUCGGAUUAUUAUACUAAUUAUGUUAAUAAGAAAGUGAAAAUUGAUCGGCGCAUUUUGAAAGAAAUAUCAGAAGAAGACCCUACUUGCUACCUGCGUGCACACGUUUUAUAUGAAAAUUGUAUAAAUGAAUUAGUUAAAUCUUGCUUAUGUUCCAGUUUGCCACAUCGUUCCAUUUCGAUUGAUUAUUUGCAACUAAACUGGUCUGAAAAUAUCCGGCGUCAGUGA